AUGGCGGCCAGGCCUGGCGAGGAGAAUGUGGCGACGCUCUUCGGAGACGUUCACUAUUUCUAUGCCUCUCCCGACGUGAAGCCUCACCACCAUCGCUUCGACAAGGGCUCCUAUGUGUACUUGUUUGAGAACGCGACCGAGAGGAGAUGCCGCAUUGAGGUCGCGAAUAACCCCAGCACGGACGAUCAAGACGCCUUUGACGGAUGCAAGUACCUGGAUCAAACUCGAGUUCGCUACUCGUACAAACACCACUGCAUGGUCUCGCUGGUGGUGGCAGAUUCGGUUGAUCAGAAUGAAUGGCAUCUCCCGACCUACGACCCGCGCAAUGAGAAUAAGUAUCACUACAAGCUUCAUUCUCUCGACAUAUACUUCUGGACCCAGGCCGACGCGUUGCAGUUUGUCAAUGGGGUGCGACGCGUUCUCCCCCCGUCUCAAGUGGAUGUUCUGGACGAACCCGGCCCACCGCCACAGCCGGCCGCCGCGAGCUCCGUGGUCCAGAGACUCGAGAGAGUCGCCAUCACGGAUCCUCAGUAUGGCGGGACAGACGCGGCUGCCACAGCUCCGGCGCAUGUCAUGGUUCAAGACUCGAGCCCUGGCGGCGGUUCGGCAAAAGCUGCAGCCGAGAUCCCGGUGGCAUCACUGCCGCCGCCACCACCACCUCCUGCUGCGAACUUUGCGCCCAUGGCAUACAAUCCGGCCGCCCCGGCCGCGCCCGAGACGAUACGGCAUCGAGAGAAGACGCCGCCGCCGGAUGAGGACCCUCUCAACCCGUUGGCGGUGGCUGUGGCGUACGAUUAUCAGAAGCAGCCAUUCACGCCGGGCAUCCCACCGCCGGCCCAGCACGUACAGGUUACCAGCCCGGGACUCCCGCCUCCGCAUUUCGCCGGACCGCCAUCGCACCCUGGAAUGCAACGUGCGGCAACGAUGCCCGUCCAUCAAGGCAUGGCGAGUCCGUACGGUUCCAGCUUUCCAGCAUUGCCUGGCUUCGCCCCUCCACCGCCGCCCCCGCAGCCAGCAUCACAGCCAACACCCCCCGCGUCGAAUCCCAGCGGGCCGCUGCAGUCGCCAGAAGGUUUCACCAACUAUACCUAUAGCCAGCAGCACACUCCAGUGCGGCAGCUGAGCCAGGACUACUCGAUCCAUCAGCAGGUUUACCGCCCCAGCACGGAGACCGGAACGACGCAAGCUCAGUAUCAGCCCAAGCAGGAGGGGAGGAGCAGGCUGGAGGAGAACGCGGGCAAGCUUGAAAGGGGCGUUACUGGGAUGCUCAAGAAGUUCGAGAAGAAGUUUGGCUAG